AUGGAGGGAGCGGAGGAGGGGAGCAGGAUUCCUCAUGGAGGGAGCGGAGGAGGGGAGCAGGGUUCCUCAUGGAGGGAGCGGAGGAGGGGAGCGGGGUUCCUCAUGGAGGGAGCGGAGGAGGGGAGCAGGGUUCCUCAUGGAGGGAGCGGGGUUCCUCAUGGAGGGAGCAGGGUUCCUCAUGGAGGGAGCAGAGGAGGGGAGCGGGGUUCUUCAUGGAGGGAGCAGAGGAGGGGAGCGGGGUUCCUCAUGGCGGGAGCAGAGGAGGGGAGCAGGGUUCCUCAUGGAGGGAGCGGAGGAGGGGAGCAGGGUUCCUCAUGGAGGGAGCGGAGGAGGGGAGCAGGGUUCCUCAUGGAGGGAGCGGGGUUCCUCAUGGAGGGAGCAGGGUUCCUCAUGGAGGGAGCAGAGGAGGGGAGCGGGGUUCCUUAUGGAGGGAGCGGAGGAGGGGAGCGGGGUUCCUCAUGGAGGGAGCGGGGUUCCUCAUGGAGGGAGCAGAGGAGGGGAGCAGGGUUCCUCAUGGAGGGAGCGGAGGAGGGGAGCAGGGUUCCUCAUGGAGGGAGCAGAGGAGGGGAGCAGGGUUCCUCAUGGAGGGAGCGGAGGAGGGGAGCAGGGUUCCUCAUGGAGGGAGCGGGGUUCCUCAUGGAGGGAGCAGGGUUCCUCAUGGAGGGAGCAGAGGAGGGGAGCGGGGUUCUUCAUGGAGGGAGCAGAGGAGGGGAGCGGGGUUCUUCAUGGAGGGAGCAGAGGAGGGGAGCGGGGUUCCUCAUGGCGGGAGCAGAGGAGGGGAGCAGGGUUCCUCAUGGAGGGAGCGGAGGAGGGGAGUGGGGUUCCUUAUGGAGGGAGCGGGGUUCCUCAUGGAGGGAGCAGAGGAGGGGAGCGGGGUUCCUCAUGGAGGGAGCGGGGUUCCUCAUGGAGGGAGCAGAGGAGGGGAGCAGGGUUCCUCAUGGAGGGAGCGGAGGAGGGGAGCAGGGUUCCUCAUGGAGGGAGCGGAGGAGGGGAGCAGGGUUCCUCAUGGAGGGAGCGGAGGAGGGGAGCAGGGUUCCUCAUGGAGGGAGCGGAGGAGGGGAGCAGGGUUCCUCAUGGAGGGAGCGGAGGAGGGGAGCAGGGUUCCUCAUGGAGGGAGCGGGGUUCCUCAUGGUGGGAGCGGAGGAGGGGAGCGGGGUUCCUCAUGGAGGGAGCAGAGGAGGGGAGCGGGCUUCCUCAUGGAGGGAGCGGAGGAGGGGAGCAGGGUUCCUCAUGGAGGGAGCGGGAGUAGACCUGGUGUGCACAGCGGUUAGUGACUGUUCCUGUCCGUGGUGA